UUGCCAUGGACAUCCAGACGUCUUUUGCCAGGGCCAAUGAGGUUGCUGACGAGACGUGUGCCAACAUUAGAACGGUCCGCAGCUUCGCGAACGAGAGCAGAGAGUGCGCGAGAUACAGCGAGCGACUGAAUGACACGUACAAACUGCACAUCCGGAAGGCCUUGCUGUUUGGGAGCUUCACAUUUGCCGAACACGCAUUUGACCUUGUCCUGUUCGUGCUGACCUUGUACUACGGCGGCCAUCUUGUGAUGGCCCACAAGAUGACCGGAGGUAACCUGGUGUCCUUUUUCCUGUACGUGAACCGUCUCAGGGGAUCAAUGGAAAAACUGACGAUCCAAGUAUACGCAAAGCUGAUGGAGGCCGUGGGCACGUGCCAGAAAGUCAUCGAAUACAUAGACCGUGAACCGGAAGUAAAACGUGGCGGUCGGCUGGCACCUUGGAAACUGGAAGGACACAUCGAGUUCAGGAACGUGUGGAUGUCAUACCCCUCCAGACAGCGGGUACCUGUCCUAAAGGAUGUCUCCUUCCAGGUGUCUCCCGGCGAAGUUGUUGCCCUGGUCGGCCCAAGUGGCAGUGGGAAGAGCACCUGUGUCAACCUGCUGGAACGCUUCUAUGAGACCACGUCAGGCCAAGUGCUGCUAGACGGUAACCCCAUCAUGGCGUAUGAUCACAAGUUUCUACACCGAAAGGUGGCUUUAGUUGGGCAAGAGCCGGUGCUGUUUGCCCGCUCCAUCAAAGACAACAUCUCCUAUGCCCUGGACAACUGCAGCUUGGAGGAGGUGCAGCGCGUUGCUAGGCAGGCCAACGCCCAUGAGUUCAUCACGGAGCUUCCAGAGGGGUACGAGACAGGGACUGGGGAGAAGGGGAUACAGCUGUCCGGGGGGCAGAAGCAGAGGGUGGCGAUCGCCCGGGCGCUGAUCAGGAAACCAGCGGUGCUGCUACUGGACGAGGCAACCAGUGCUUUGGAUGCAGAGAGCGAACAGUUGGUCCAACAAGCGACCCAAAACCUACGUGGACAGACGGUCAUCGUCGUCGCCCACCGCCUGAGCACAGUGGAGAAGGCUGACCGUAUCAUCGUCAUCGACAAGGGGAUGGUAGUGGAGCAGGGGCGGCACGACCAGCUCAUACUACAUAGUGGGUCUACCUAUGCUAUAUCAUUCCUGACUCACAAACUGGCAGGAAUAACAAAAUAAUAAGGAGACUCUUUUUACACAACCAAUGCUUUAUUCUCACCGACGUUUUGGUGACCGUUUGUCGCCUUCUUCACUUACAUAAAGCCGCCUGUACAUAUGUAAAUACGUGUGAGCAGCAACACCUGUCCCGCAGUACAAUGUGAACCAGUCAGAAUUGCCCUGAAGAAGGUGACAGACGGCCACCGAAACGUCUAGUACUGCAUGCAUUGUAUACUGGGUCUACCGCCCUCAUACCCUUCCUGACUCACAAACGGGCAGGAAUAGCAUAGCAACACUGGUU